AUGAAUUCUGUGGAUGCUUCGGAGCAUUAUGAGUUAGGAGCUACGGAUCUCUCCCCAGCCCUGCUCACCAUAGUCAUCGACACAAACCCACAUGCCUGGGCCAUCCUCGAAGACUCCCUCCCACUCUCCAAAGCAAUCGCCAACAUCCUAGUCUUCAUCAACGCCCACCUAGCCUGCAACUAUGCGAACGAAGUUGCCGUAGUCGCAUCGCACAGCCAAAAAGCAGCAUGGCUCUACCCAUCGCACAAUGCACCCGGAAACGGCACUUCCGAUCAUGACGGCGACGUCGCAAUGAACGGCGCAAGCGAGGCCCAACCCUCCAAAACGAACAAAUAUCGCCCCUUCCGCAUCGUCGAAGAACAAGUCACCCGCAACCUCAAAGAGCUAAUGGACUCAACCACCGGCGACGAUCUGCGCGGCAAUACGUCCACGAUGCUGGCAGGCGCACUAACCCUCGCUCUGAGCCACACGAACCGACGCACGCUCGCCUGGGCGGAGGAGCACGGUGGUGCUAACGGCGCUGACACAGCGGCCGAUGGCAACGGUAAUGGCGGGGGUGGGAGCACAGCCACGAACCGAUACUCAGCCUCGAACGAGGACGAGCGGCUGCAGAGUCGUAUUUUGGUCAUUUCUGUGAGCGGGUCUACCGACGCUGCACACCAAUAUAUCCCUGUCAUGAACAGCAUAUUCGCCUGUCAGCGCUUGAGCAUCCCCAUCGAUGUGUGCAAGCUCAGUGGUGAUGCGGUCUUCCUGCAACAGGCGUCUGAUGCUACCAAGGGCGUUUAUAUGGCCCUUGCUGAGCCGCGAGGCCUGCUCCAGUACCUGAUGAUGGCGUUUUUACCGGAUCAGCGCUCGCGUCGUCAUUUGGUUCUUCCUACACGGGUGGAUGUCGAUUUCCGGGCUGCUUGCUUUUGUCAUCGCCGGGUGGUUGAUGUUGGCUUCGUGUGCUCCAUUUGUCUCAGUAUCUUCUGCGAGCCGCCCCCUGGCAAUGACUGCAUGACCUGUGGCACGCAUCUGGAUAUUGAAGGUAAUGCUAGGCCUGCUCUAUUGCCGAGGAAAAAGAAGAAGAAGAAGCGUGUUAAUGGAGCAUCCGGGACGGGGACGCCCAUGUCAACACCUACUCCAGGUCCUUGA